AUGUCAAAACAUCAACAACAACAUAAUAAACAGCAAACAGGAAAUAACUUUUCCGUUCUAACUGUAGAUCCAAGUAUUGAAGAUGAUUCAUCAUCAACAAGAAAAGCAUCAAUGAAUCAAAUGAUUUCCUUUCCAUCAUCACUUUCUCCUCAACAGGAAGUCUUGAAAUCUAUUCGAUUGAUUCUCCGUCUUGAUAAAUCAAAAUUAAUUGAUCAACUCAAUUCAAUGAUGGAUAAUUUUAAGAAAGUUCUUCAUCAGUUAUUGAAUAUAGGACAAGUUAGAAAGGAAAAUAUUGAAUUUUAUUGCGAGUGGAUGAGAAUGAUCAAACAUUUGUGUAUUGGAGGAGGUGAUAAGGUUUCGUUUCGUUUGGGAAAUGAAACAGAUAUUAUUCCAUGGCUGUUGUAUAUUGCUUUUGAUGCCAAUGUUGUGAAUGAACAGUUUAUUGAUGGAGAAAUUGUUAGAUUAGCCUGUACAACCAUCCAUGCACUAAUUGAUAACGUUGAUGAGAAUAGAAUAAUUGUCAGAGAAAGUAGAGGAUUAAAGAAUUUUCUCGACCUGAUCCGAGUGAACCAACAAAGUUUUGCUGUAAAUAGUGAGUGCAAGAGAUGUGCUCUGUUGGUGUUAGAAAAGUUUUGCAUCAAUUCAUCUAACAAAUCCCUCUUCCCAAUUAUUAAUGGAACACAAAUAGUAAUUGAUCAAAUGAAUCAAGCAUAUAAUACCAUAAUGAAUUCACCAAAGAAACAAAUUGAUGUUGUACUGUAUGGAAUAAUUGAGGCAUGUUCGAGAGUAUUGAGAUCACUCUGUUUAAAUCAUCAAAAGAAUACAGAUGACAUUUCAUCAAAGACUCCAAUUGCUCCUCUCAUUUUGUGUAUUUUAAACUCUUUGAAUGUUUCAAUGAGUGGUGGAAAGAAUGAAAAAUCUACAUCCUCCUCAGAAGGAUACAAAACGUUGAAAGUUCAGGAUAAUGAUUUCUCCGAGUUACUUUCCCAUAUACUUUUCAUAUUAUUGGCCAUCUCACAAAAAGAAAAUCGAAAGACGGAACUGAUUGAAAUACAUUCAACACUGAAAGAGGAAAAUCAAUUUUUAGAAUUGUUACUUUCCCUUGUGUGCUACUUGUAUUCUUCAUCUUCUUCGAGUGGCAGUAAUUAUACCAGAAAGGCUUUCAAUCAAACUCUUUCAAUUCUUGCAAAUUUGAGCUCAAUAGAAAAGGUGAGAAAGGAACUCAUAUCACAAAAGGAAGGAAAAUCAAACAGCUCUAAAUAUUUCAAUUACUAUCUGGACAAGAAGUAUCUGAAUGGAGCUCAAGUAAUACAUGUGCAAUUCACACGAUUUGGAACCUUGAAAACCUCUCAGAAUAUCGAAGAACAGGAAGAAAGAAGUUUUGCAGAGAGUGUCUUGUCUCUGUUCACUCACAUUGGAGAGUAUAAUUUUAAGGAUUUGUACUUGUUUAUUGGGAUGAAAGUAACAGAAGUUUUGAAUCAUGUCUAUACAAUUAUUAAUCAUACCAAUGACAUCAUCAUUUUGCAACAUUGUUUAUACUUGAUUAGAAUGUAUCUAUCACAAGAGAACAGAUCCAUUGUGGAGGGUGUUACUAAUGACCAUUUGACCAAAGCUGCGGAAUGUAUUCUAUCAAUUUUGAAUAGAGAGUUCAUUAUUAAUCAAUCAUUCACCUCUACAUUACACUUAAAGUCGCAAUAUCACUCAGAUGUUGAAUUGGCCAAUCUGCAAUAUUCUUGCCUGACCACAUUCAACUCGCUUAAUUUGCAAGAUGUUGGAAUCUGGAGAGCCCUUAUUGAGAAGGCCCAAAAGUCCAUUCACUAUCACAGAUUAUGCGAUUGGAUCAUUCAAAUGGAAUUGGUAGAGAAGAACUCUCGUGUCUUGCUGGCCAUUCUCGAGAUUCUUAACCAAAUGGUUCAAUAUGAAAAGGUAGAUAUUAGAGAUAUUGCACUUCUUGGUAUUGGCUCCAAGAUUAUCAAACUUUUAGAUCAUGAAAUGUUUCAAGAUAUUGCCAUCUAUCUAAUCUAUAGUCUUUCAUUAGAUUCAAUCUUUAAGCAAACAUUUAUAUUUGGUGGGGGACUGAAAAAGCUUUUCAAACUUGCCAAAAUCAACGAAGCGACCUUUCUCAAUAAUGUUUUAAAGAUAUUUACCAACUUUUCUAGGAAGGACAGAAAUGCAAAAGUGGCAAUAGCUGAAACUGGUUGUCUCGAUUACAUUUUAAACAGAUUUUCCACUGACAAGACCUAUACAAACAAAAAUAUCAAGAAUACAGUUGCCUUGUUGCAGAGUCUUUCAGAGGUACCUACAUUGGCAACGUUUAUUGCAUCUUUCGAUAUAGUUCCUAACCUGGUAAAACUAUUGACAUCAUCAGAAUCCUGUGCCAUUUUGGAACAAGCAACUAAUUUGAUUUUUUCUGUAAUUACGAUUGCCAAAUAUGAGCAAGGAAGAAAAAGGGUUAUUGAACAUUUCAAAGACUUGAUUCCUUUCCUCCAUUGUGAGAUUCCUGAGGCACAAGAGAAUGUGAUUAACAUCUUCUCUAAUAUUGCUGCCAUACCUCAACAUCAAAAAGCAUUGAAGGAAGGAGGAUUAGUCACUGAACUGGAAAAUUUAGUGGAAGGUGAUGAUCAAUACAUUAGUUUGUUGGCUCAAUUGGCUUUGAACAAUUUUUCAGGAAAGAAGGGAGAGGAGAGUCUCAAAAACAAGCUCCUUACUGCUGCAAACAAAUCUGAGGACUUUAAAGCAAAGAAAGAAUCCAUCGAGAAGCAAUAUGUCAAAAAGUACGAAAAUGAAAUCAAGAGAGAAUCUGUCAUGUGGAAUAGCUUGUCAAGCAGCUUGAAUACCAACGCCUAUGAAAAGUUGAAUAUUGAAAUCAAUUGGAGUUUCUUUGAUGAGUUGAGUUCAGAAGCAGAAAAGAGAAGAGCUUUCCACUUACUCAAGGAAACCUCUUGGAGAAAUCUCAGAGAAUCAAUUUCUCUGUUUUGCAAUCAAUCCCCAGUCCAUAAUAGAACCUUCCUUACUUGUGUAAAUAUUCUGGUUGUCGAAUUUGAAAUGACAUCCUAUUUGGCUUACAAACCAAUUCUUGGAAACAUGAAUGCCGACUUUGCUGAGCUUCCAAUGUCAGCAAGAAGCAACAGAAAGACAUGUGCCACUCUGAAGAAUAUUUCAACCUCUGAAUCUGUUGCAGAAACAUACAAGAGAAAGUACAACAAGUUGGGUGUCCUAUUCUACAAUAUUGGUUACGAUGAUAUGAAUACAAUGAGUAAGGAGGACUUUGUUGCUGGUCUCAAUCGUCUCCUCCAAGAAGAUAUUUCCAAGAUUAGAGAAAUUACUCCCAAGUCAGUCCUUGAAACUGAUAGUCUCAAAUUCAGACCUUUCAAGAAGGAAAUUCAAAAAGAGGAUCAAAAAGUACAUUCGAGAAACAACUCUCUCAAUGAUUUGGGUCUUGCUCCAAUGAAUUUGACAGAUGACCAAAUGUUACUUGCCAAGAAUCCAAUGCUAUUCCUGAAAGAACAAGCCAGACAAACCUACAAGGGAUCUCUAUAUUUGCAAAGUUUUGCCACCCUCAUCAAAACCAAGUACUUUACCCAAUAUACAGAGGAUGAUGAAAAGGCCUUUGCAUUCUGUUUUGAAAAAAUCAAAGCUAUCGAGGAGACAUUUAUUAAGGGAUGGAAAGUUGUCAAAUAUAAUAAGAGUGGUUUGAAGCAAGAGAGAUUUAUUCUACUCACUGACAAGAAUUACUACACAAUCAAAUUUGACUAUUCCAAGAAACAUGUCGAUACUAAACAUACCAAGCCACAUGAUUUAUCCAAUAUUCAUGUCAUUGAUAUUGGAUGUUUUGAAAAGACAAGUUCUCCAUGCCUCGUUGUCUACUGCAAAGAAAAGACUAGUAAGAGUAAGAAAUCAUUCGCCAAAACUGCCAAGAAGAGCUUCAAACUCUCCAGCACUGCUGAUUUAUCCCUAGCCACUUUGGAUCAUGAGAUUGUAAUUGAUAAGAAUAGGCCUUCUACUUUGGAUUGUUAUUGUAAUAUAUUUUGUGGUUUGAAUGAAAGUAAUUCCUCAACAUCAGUCUCCUCAAAUACUCCCACCUCUGCUCCUAGUGCAGCAGAUCUUCUUUCCUUCAAUACCUUAGGAAAUCAGGUACAAGUUGAUGAAUCUAACAAGAUUAUUUUGGAAGAAAUUGCAUGGAGCAUAUAUGCUUCUGCUUGUUGUUUAAGAGGUCAACAAUUGUUUGAACCUUACUUGGAACAAAUUAUUGACAAACCAAAGCAAGGUAUUACCAGUUUCAUCUAUAACAAGCUGGGAUUUGGAAACUUAAAGUAACCUUAAAAUUUCAAUCUUUUUCAUUGACGCACACAAUAUUAUUAAUUGUAUUAUUAAUCAUCAUUAACAUGUUAAUAAAAACAAUUAUCAUCAGAUAUGUGUGGAUU